UUGUUUGUCUCAUUGACUCAAUAACUACUCAUAACCUGUAAAUAGUUGUUAGAAGUCUCAGUGAAACAAUGUCGAAUUUAAUUAAUCGAUCGAUCUUACUAUUUAAUAGGUGUUCGAAUCAAAUUUUUCGAAACAAGUGCUUACACGAUGCGCAUACAUAUAAACAGAAUUAUCUACAUAUUCGAUUUAUAAACACUUGGAAGAAUACAUACCAGAAGAUGGAUUUUACAUCGUUACCAAAGAUGAAAAAAAGUAUUUUUAAAAUCAAAAGUCCUAUUACAUUGAGAAGUGCAACGAUCACGAGUAUACUUGCAGGAGCAUUUAUAGGAUAUAUAUAUUAUUUGAAGCAAACAAAAGAUCUUUUAUUGGAAAAAGAAAGGAGACGAGAAAUAGGAAAAGCUGCGAUAGGAGGGAAAUUUGAACUGGUCGAUACCAAUGGGAAAUUAGUUAGAUCGGACGAUUUCUUAGGACAAUGGAUCAUGAUAUAUUUUGGGUUUACGCAUUGUCCAGACAUAUGUCCAGAUGAACUUGAAAAACUAACAGCAGUUGUCGAUCGUCUUGAAAAGGAAUACAAUACAAAAGUACAACCAAUAUUUAUUUCUGUGGACCCAGAUAGGGAUACACCAGAAGUUGUAGGGAAAUAUAUCACAGAGUUUUCUGAUAAAUUUGUUGCUCUUACCGGCUCCAAAGAACAGGUUGCCCAAGUGUGCAAAGCUUAUAGAGUGUACUAUAGUAGCGGACCCAAGGACAAAGAUUCAGAUUACAUUGUCGACCAUACAAUCAUCAUGUACUUGGUGGAUCCAGAAGGUUUAUUCGUGGAUUAUUAUGGUCUGACGCAUACCGCGGAACAAAUUGCUCAGAGUGUCCAUUUAAAUACAGUAAAAUAUAAGAAACUUCAGAAACUUGAAUGGUUUCCAUCUUUAACGUUAAAAAAGACUUUAUAGUUGUAACAUACUUGUGUUAGAUGCAUUUCUAUGUGUACACAGAAUUUUUAAAUUGCAUUUUUAACGAAUAUUAUAGUGAUAUUAUAGUGACUUAUA